AUGAACUUUGACCUCCAAAGAAAUGGCCAAGCUAGAAUCAGUCCUCGUUUCUUGUCUGCUGUUACUCAAGUGUGUGUUGUGUGGAGCGCUCAAUCUGACUGGGAGUGAUACAUGCUCUAAUGUGGUCAUGGGUGACGGCUAUGAUCCUACGUCUCCUAACAUUCUCUGCUGUUUAGUGCCGGAGCAGUUUUACUUAUGUGAAAACCCUCAACUUAUAGAGAACGAUACCAACACAACAGGCACUUGUAGCCGGUUUGGAGGAGAGUUCUAUGAGGAUGUGGAGACCACCUCCGUCAGCUGCUCUGUGUUGGAUGGGGUACAAUGCUAUGGUAACCGAACCUUCUUCAAGGACAAUAUACCCUGUCUCAGAUAUGGAGGCCAUUACUUCCCCACGAUCAUGCUCUACUCUGUGUUCCUUGGUUUCCUCGGGGUGGACCGCUUCUGCCUCGGCUACACUUGUUUGGGUGUGGCCAAGCUGCUCACGCUGGGAGCCAUUGGUAUAUGGUGGGUAGUGGACGUGUUCCUACUACUGACAGGAGUUAUAGUGCCUGAAGGGAACUACACUUGGGAACAAGUUUAUUGAAUAGAGUUAAUUUGUGUGUGUUUUCAUGUAUUAUAUACAAUUCUGUUGUUUUUACUCUUUUUGUGAAUAA